AUGGAGGGUUUUCGGUGUUUUCUGGACACGGCGUCGCUUCGUAUUCCACAAUCCCCGUUGCCGGAAUGUAUGUCCGGAAGUUCAUCGCAGAACCCCAUUGGAGAAUCCCAUUUUGAUCAAACCCUAGAAGCUGCUUUUUCUCGCCUCAAAGUAUCAUCUUUUUGCCGCCAGCCGCAGCUUUCUCGCUUUGACGGCGAUUGCAGUAAUGGGUCUGUGAUAAAAUACCCAACAAACGAUCAUGGGUUGGGUGGGGAAAAUUUUAUCCCAUUUUGCAACGACGAGCUGCAGAGUCUGAACUUAAAUAGUGGCGGUAAUGGGGUUCCUUCGCAUUUGGGUCUUCAAAAUUGCUGGGUUCAGUCUGAUAUUGAUUGCUCGAAUGGCUUUGUGUCCAAUUUAAAUCAACAUUCUGAUAAUAGCCCACAUUGGUUGCAAGCGUCUCUGAAUGGCUGGUCUGUGGCUGAUUUGCGUGGGAGGGUAGCCUUUCUGGCCACGGACCAAGACGGUUGUCGUUGCUUACAAAGAGCAAUGGAGGCUGUACCAAACAAAGAAUUGAUUGAUUUGAUAUUCUUGGAGGUUCUAGAACAUGUGGCCACUUUGAUGCUUGACCCUCAUGGGAAUUACGUUGUUCAGAAGCUUGUGGAGGUCUGCAGUGAAGAGCAGAGGACCCAAAUGCUUUUAAUGUUGACCAAGAAAAAUGAUUUGCAGCUUAUUUGUAUUUCCCUUGACACGCGCGGGACUCGAUCUGUACAGAAAUUGUUGAAGUAUGUUACCACCAAAGAGCAAAUCACUCUGAUUAUGAGAGCUCUGAGUCCUGGUGUUGUUGCAUUGAGUAAGAACAGCAAUGGUCAACAUGUGAUCGAGCAUUGCUUAGAGCAUUUCUCUGUUCAAGACAAUGAGCAUCUUCUGCAUGUGGUGGCAAAUAACUGUUGUGGAAUCGCAAAAGAUAAAAGCGGCUGUUGUGUGCUACAGAAGUGUGUUGAACACUCUAAUGGAAAAAACAGAGAGCGUCUGGUUGCUGCGAUAACAGCAAAAGCAAUAGUUCUAGCAGUAGAUCGUUAUGGGAACUACGUGCUGCAACAUUUACUGGGGUUGAGGAUGCCACAAAUCACAGAAAAUCUUCUGAGACAACUUCGAGGCAGUUAUAUGUCUCUCUCUUGCAAUAAGUAUGGCAGCAAUGUUGUGGAGAAGUGCUUGUUAGAUUCAGGGGAAGAACAGUCUUCACAAAUUAUUUUUGAGUUGCUUACAAAUCGGAACGUUUCAAUGCUUCUUUUGCAUCCUUUUGGAAACUAUGUCAUCCAGACAGCACUGUCGGUUUCAAAGGGUGUCUACCAUGAUGCUCUAUUUAAUCUGGUUCAAUUAAACUCCCACGUCAUGCGCGGCAAUUAUUAUGGACAAAAGUGCUUUUUCUCCCUACUUUUCAAUGUCACUCUUGUAGGGAUGCAAGGAUUCGUUCAUUGGAGCAGCUGGAUAGGAGCUAACCUUAGGGGGAUUGUUUCUCUUCUUGUUAGUUCUUCUUACGGAUAUAAAGCUUCAGUUUCGGAUGCUAUUGUGUUUGACAUGAGGGAAAUUUUCACUCUCAAAUUAUAA